UUCCGCUGUCCAAAAAAUGAUGUUGAAUGUAUUCCAAGAUGGCGGAAGGCAGGGUUGCCUCUGCGCGGGAAGCAAUGGAAGCUUUGGUUGAGAUCUCCAAGUUGCUUAACACUGGCCUGGAUCCUGAAUCUUUAGCAAUCUGUGUAAAAUUAUGUGAAGCAGGAGUGAAUCCCGAGGCGCUAGCAUCUGUGGUACAAGAGCUAAGAAGAGAAGCUGCAUCCCUUCAGACCCAAGACAUUGGGGAGAGAUGAGAGUUGUAAAGAUUGCAAGAUUUCACUUUUCCAAACACUUUUCCAAACAUUGCUACAGCAAACCAGCCUGUUAAAGGAAAUCACUUUUUUCAGUGAACAGAACUUUGUAAAGAUAUAUUGGACAAGUUUGUUAUUUAAUGGUUGUAGAAAAUGUAUAUAUGUGGUGUUUAUUUUGGUAGUUAGCUUUCUAGAGCAAUAAUGAUAAAAGUUAACUUAUAACCUGAGAGAAUGUGGUAAAUGUCUAUUCUGUCAGUAUAUGUUCAAUAAAAUCCUAAUUUAUCGAGGGACUCUGCAAAACAUUGGGAGGUCCAAGGAAUCAAGGGUACAUUUCUUGAAACUGUUUGCCAAGGAUUCAAAACAGUUACUUUGAAUAAUCAUGAGGUUCAAAAAGUCAAGAAAUAAAGUGUACUGAGCUUUAGAUAUGUUACAAAGCUUUCUUUUUAUUUGACCAGCUGUUGCAUCUGUCACUCUUUUGAACAAGCAAAGUAUUAAGUCAAGUCAUUAAAGUCAUUCAAUUACCCUU